AUGACUUCAACAAAAAUAAAAUUGAGUCAGGGAGUUGUGCGUGGGUGUAGAGAAGAAUUGCCAAAUGGCAAAUCAUUUCUUAGAUUUUCUGGAAUUCCUUACGCGAAACCACCGAUUAAUGAGUUGAGAUUCAAGUCACCACAAAAGUUGUUGAAAUUCGAAGAAGACGAAAUCGAUUGUACGAAGGAACGUGACGCUUGCUUCCACAGGUCAACAAUAACAAAGAAGCAUGUUGGAUCGGAAGAUUGCUUAAACUUAAAUGUUUAUGUACCCGAAAAUCGAAAAUCUUCUGAAAAAUUCGCUGUCAUGGUUUACAUUCACGGUGGAGGCUUGAAAUAUGAUUCAAAUUCAAGGCAAUUAUAUUCACCCGAGUUUCUCGUGAUGGAAAAUGUGAUAAUUGUCACGAUGAAUUAUCGUCUUCAUGUCUUGGGAUUUCUUUACAUGCCGAGUAAGGGAAUUCCUGGCAAUGCAGGUAUGAAAGAUCAGCAAAUGGCCUUGGAGUGGGUUUAUGAAAAUAUUUCAAGUUUCAAUGGCGAUCCAAAGAAGAUUUGUUUGUUUGGCGAAUCUUCAGACUUGUAUGAAAACAGUGAUAAAGUUUUAUCAGAGCAAGAAGAAGAUCAGGGGGUCAGAUACAUUUGGAGAACGGUCAUUGAACCAGAGUCGGAUGAAGCAAUGAUAACAAAAUCUGCAACUGAUUCAAUUAUCGAUCAAACUGGCCAAAUAAAUAUUCCAAUGAUGUUCGGUACCUUAAAUGGAGAUGGAAUGCCUUCAAUAGCCAAAGUUUUGUCUCGUAAUAAACUCGACUUAAUGAAUAAAUUGCCUUAUCUCUUUGUACCAAGAAAAAUAGGAAAUUUAUCUGACAAUGAAAUGAAAGCUUUUGCUAAAGAAAUUAAACAAUUUUACCUCAAUGGAAAGGAUUUGUCAAUUGAAACUCUUAAAGAUCUUGUGAGACUUCGAACGGAUGUCGAUUACAGAUUUGCGAUCAUGAGAACAAGCGAGCUUUAUGCUCGAUAUCAACCAGAAGUUAAGCAAUUCUUAUUCGAGUUUCGAUUCGAUGGGAGACUUAAUUUACAGAAGAAACAAAUGCGGUUGGAUCAUUUGCCAUUUGCUGGACAUGCUGACGAUGUUUUUCAUCUCUUUGGUGGUGAAUUGGUUGAUCGUGUUAACUUGGAAAAAGAUUCACGUGAAUGGAAAAUGCGUGAAACGAUGUGCAAGUUGUGGACGAAUUUCGCUAAAUAUGACGACCCAACACCAGACUAUAACAAUCCACUGCCUUUUAAAUGGACUUCCAUUGCACCAAUCACAAAUAAAACUCAGGACAUUUCUUUAAAUCAUUUAAUCAUCGAUGAUGAGAUGAUGAUGGUUGAAAAUCCACAUAAGGAAAGCAUGGAAUUCUGGAAAAAAGCUUACAGAAAGUGGAACAAAGAAUUCAUACAAGCAAAGCUUUGA